UCCAGUUAAUCGGAGAUGGCCCGCACCAAGCAGACUGCACGCAAGUCCACCGGUGGCAAAGCACCGCGCAGGCAGCUGGCCACUAAGGCGGCUCGGAAAAGCGCGCCGGCCACCGGCGGCGUGAAGAAGCCUCACCGCUACCGUCCCGGCACCGUGGCUCUGCGCGAGAUUCGCCGCUACCAGAAGUCGACUGAGCUGCUGAUCCGAAAGUUGCCUUUCCAGCGCCUGGUGCGAGAAAUCGCUCAGGACUUCAAGACGGAUCUUCGCUUUCAGAGUUCCGCGGUGAUGGGCCUGUAGGAGGCCUGCGAAGCCUAUUUGGUGGGGUUCUUUGAGGACACCAACCUGUGUGCCAUCCAUGCUAAGCGAGUGACUAUCAUGCCCAAGGACAUUCAGCUCGCUCGCCGCAUUCGUGGGGAGAGAGCGUAGAGGUUUCUGGGUAAUAAUUCUCUCCAACCCAAAGGCUCUUUUAAGAGCCGCC